AUGUUAGAUUGGGCAUUUGGCAGAGCGUUAAUAACAGGUCCGCCAGCCAUUUGUAAUCGGAUAAGAGGAUCGGCAACAGCAACGGAGAUUUUUAUCGAGGCAGUUAGGAUAAACAGACCAAUGUCUAGAAGGGGAACCGACAGAGCACUUUCAAUCGAAGUAGAAAGCGCUCUUUCAGGUUCAAAAAAGAGACGGUAUUCGUCUGACCAAGAAACGAAUGACUCCUGGCCGGACAAAGCAAAGCGAUCCCGUAUAGAGGCUUUGGAACAUCGGGUGAAUGACAUGUUCUCUACAAUUAUGGAGAGGUUUGAUACACUGACUGCAGGUAACGUAGAAGUAAAUGAGUUUAUAGAAUUCUCAUCGAAUGUUAGCGAGAUAUUCCAAUAUAUGUAUAAUCGAUCGGAGUCACCCGAUGAUUGGAACGCACCCCCUGUGGAUUCAGGCUUUGAUUUGGAGAGGCAACAAAGCUUGCAGGAGUUAGACUUCCUUCAAAAACCAAGGAAAUAG